AUGGAAGAACAGUUGCAUCACUAUUUCCAGCCCAUUGUCGUCUAUUUGCUCAUCACAGUGUUCAUUGGUUCUGUGAACUUGGCUCCAGUUGAUCACAUCAAGGGUCUGACCAAGCUGCUGAAAUUCUCUGAAGAGAACGGUUGCUUCGAUGGAUGUGUUACGCCGUUUAUUAAAACCAUUUAUGGAAUGAGUGCAAGUGCUAACACUCGAGCACAAUUUGCUAAUUUAUGCAUUGAAUACACCUCAACAUUAUCGUGUUUUGAAAGUGAUCAGCACAAGUGUGGUGCAAAUAUUGGAUUAUUCAAAGUGAUAACGAGUGGGCUUAAGGUGGCUUGUGGUAAACAGCGAUCGUAUUUUGAUAGUGCCUUCGACUGCAUUGACACGUUCAAUGAUAAGCCACUGCAAGAAUGUGAACGAUCGUGUUACCUUUAUUGGAGUCUGGGCAAUUGGACAACGAGUAAAUAUUUGAAUGUAGUGAAUGGUGCUGGUAUUGAUGUUCUAUUGAUGAGUCUUCGAGAUGCAGAACCAGUCUGUAGUGGAUUGGAGUGUUUCUUCUCGUGUGCCCGAACAAAUCUAAACUAUAUGUGUGGUGAGGAUGGCGAGAGAAUCUUGGAUUUAUUCAACAUUCCACUUUACGAGCUGGGUCGUCUUUACAAUGAGUCGCCAAUUGCUUUCAAAACACUUUUGCAAAAUAUCGGUAUUCCAGACGAAUGCAAAAGGAUUGAUGACGCGCUCCUAAUUGGUGAAGAAUUCGGUGUUCGAAAUCUGGAUGGAAGUGAUUCGGACAGAGCGGGUGCUGCUACUGAAACUCACAAAAGGGUUGUCGAGCAGAAGAGUGCUGAUUACUUCGAUCUGUCGUUGGUGGGAAUCGAAAACGGCGAUUUGCGCGACAACGGUUUGCAGUCUCAUGAAGCACGCAAAUCGCUUGCUUACAUUGUGUUGACGAUGGCGUUCGUCGCAGCCGUAUUAUUGUUCACACUGAUUGGUCUCAUUGUUGCAAUUUUGUGGUGUUGCAUAACGACCGCAAGAUCAUCCAGGAGAAUGUCGCAUGCACUUCGGUUCUUCGCAACAAGAACACCAACAUCAUCGGUUCGAGACAGUAGCGCAAAUAAAUCACCGCCCAGGUUUAUGCCUGGUACAAAGGAGAACUGA